GGAGCUGCGUAAUUGAAGAUCACGAACUUUAGUCUUUGUGCAUACGAAAAAAAUCUUGUGUUGGUUAAACAAACGGCAGUUUAAAUUCCUGCUGAAAGAAUCAUUUUCGCCUUAAUGCAAUGCGAUCUACGACUGAACUUUCAAGCGCUGACAGGAAAUUCGGAAUAUUUUUAUUAUUUCACCGAGAUCCAAUCCCAGUCUGACUUGCCGGUGACGUCACCGCCGCCCAGUCCGCCAUCUUUCUUGCAGGCAACGGGGCGCUGAAUGUUCGGGCUUGUAUUCGGCUUCCCGGGACGAUGCCAGUCUCGUGUAGUGCACUCGACUGUAAAAACCGCUUCAAGAAAGGAAGCGGCAUAACUUUUCACAGGUUUCCCAUUUCAAGACCUGACCUCAUGGCAAAAUGGUUAAAAGCAGUGGCACGAGAAAACUGGGCACCAUCACCAAGGGCAACUCUUUGCAGUGAUCACUUCAUAAAAGAGUGUUUUGAAGAGCGGAAUGAUAGAAGGCAUUUAAAAUUUUCCUCUGUACCAACUAUAUUUCCACCCCCUAAAAAUAAGGCGACAGGCUCCAGAAAGUCAAAUAAAGUAAAGACUUAUGGUGGACACCAUAAGGAAUCUUCAGAUGUGGAGAUGUCACUUUUGAAUUCACAACCUGCUUUAAUUGAUGAAACAUUAAGUCAAACAAUCAGCCCAAAUAAGGUAACAAAUGAACAGUCUCCAUUAACACCAGACACUCUCAACUCAGGGCGACUAGCUCAACUAGCUGCAGCAGCUGUCUUAAAUUUAGCAGAAUUCUCUCAAGUAUUGGAAAUGCCUUUGAAGCCUGAAGAAGAAUCUUCACAGGUUCUUGCUGUCUUUAACUGCAGUGCACAAACUGAAACAUCUGGAACAGAGGGAAAAAUGGAAUCAGUUUCAGGUGAAUUAAUUGUAGGUCAUUCAGAGGCAGCACCUCAAGAUUCAGCUGCAGUUCUGUGCUCAGACGCACUCCAUUGGACAGCUAACGUAUUAUCAAGACCUGAAGUACAAUCGGAUACAUGUACCACACUUGUAGAUUCGGUGGAUGUAUCUGCUGAUGUGUUGCCAUGUUUAUUCACAUCAUCUGCUGAUCAAGCAGCUGACAGAGUAAUAAUACCAGAAGAAACAACUUGGAUAUCUACAGAAGUACUUAUCCCAGAAACACAGACUCAUCAUCUAACCCCCGCAGUCCAGCCUUCGGAAGAAUUGCAGUGUUCCGCUGAGAAUGUGCUUUCUUCUCAGGGUGACCAAGAUUUGUCAGGAAUGACAUUUCCUCAAGAUCACAGUUACUUUAUGAGCCCUUGUCCCGAUACCAUCAGGAGAACUUUAGAAAAGAAGCUUGCCUGGGAAAGGAAGAAGAAUGAAGAACAUCGGCAAAGGUUUAGAGUACUUCAACAAAAAUUGAAGAGAAAAGAGCAGAAAAUAGACAGUCUUACCAAAAUUAUCAAUGAGCUGAGAGAAAAUAAAACUGAUGAUUUAUGGAAUACUAAUGUAUUGUAAUAAAUGGGGGCUGCUGUUUGAAUAAGUCCAGUUGCAGAAAAGGUUGGGCUGUAUGGAGGACAAAUGGAUGAAAAGUUCUUUUUAAAAAAAAGUUCUUUAAAAUGCUUUUUUUUUAUUAGUUUUUUUUUAUACAUUUUCUACAUAGCUACAGAUAAAAACCCCCAGAUCAAAAUGAAGAACAUUGAUACAGUGCAAAAAUAAACAUACAAUAACAAUAUGAUACAAAGAAAGAUAAUUGAGAAAGCACCCAAAUUGAAGACAUGUAAAAUUAGUAUCCUCCCCAAGCCCCGCAACCAAAAAAAAACUCCAGACCAACCACAACACAAUAUAGAGAAUAUAAAUCAGGACAAUCAAACCCCCAAAACUGUAAAUACACUUAGCAACAGAAGAUAUUAAUGCCUACUACCAAAAAAAAAGGAGCUGAAAGCAAGGGGCCGAAAAAAUAAAAUUCUUUAAUGAGAGGAAGUUUGCUAUAUUUCACUAAUGUUAAGUCAUAGUAGCUUCUGAAGUUGGUGUGUGUGUGUGUGUGUGUGUUGCAAUACGUUAAUGAAUUGAAAGCUGCAAUGUAAUUUUGCUGGCAGGGCUUGAUUAUUCUCUUAGAAGAUUUUGUUCCAUGCAGUGCCCUGUGACACAAUUCAAUAAAUUGUUCAACCUGG